CCCCUCCUCCUCCUGCGCUCUAUGUUUUUGUUGGGGGAAAAGUUGUCGGUAGUUAGGGCGAAUGUCGCGUGUCCGCCGCGGUUUCACCCCACGGUAGCCGGGGGAAUGUGACUUGUUCCAGCGGGUCCGGUGUUUUUUUGGGAGCCGCCUUGUCGCGUUCGCGUCCUCCGACUCGGGGGGGAAAAAGCCAUCCGAGUGGCCAUCAUCGGUUCACCUCUGGCGUCUGGUUAGCCGAGCGAGCUAACUCCCCGACAGACCUACCUCGCCUCUGGCUCCUCUCCGUUCCAGUGAGCCAGAACAAGCCGAAACAUGGCGGAAACCAAAAUUAUCUACCACAUCGACGAGGAGGAGACUCCGUACCUGGUGAAGAUCCCAAUUCCUGCCGAAAACAUAACGUUGCUGGAUUUUAAACAAGUCCUGAACAAGCCAAACUACAAGUUCUUCUUCAAGUCUAUGGACCAGGACUUCGGGGUGGUGAAGGAAGAGAUUUCGGACGACGGUGCCAAGUUGCCUUGUUUCAAUGGGAGAGUGGUGUCAUGGCUGGUUUCGUCCGACGCUCCUGCAGCAGAGCCUCCUGUCGCUGUGGUCCCACCAGUAGAAGCAGUGAAGCAGCCAUCACCUCCUCCGCCUCCACUGCCACCUCCUCCUUUAGAGAGAACUGGGGGCAUCGGGGACUCCAGACCGCCGUCCUUCCAUCCAAAUGCUACCGGCAGUGUGGAGACACUGGACGAGCAGACAGAAACCGAGUCAGUGGUUUCCUUCAGGAGAGAGCGACCACGACACAGAGAGAACAUGGAGCAGCACGGACCCCGCAUGAACGGACAGAGUCGUCUAGAGCGCCACCUCGCAGGAUACGAGAGCUCCAGCACUGUCAUGAGCAGCGAGCUGGAGACCACCAGCUUCUGUGACUCUGAUGACGAUGACACCAUGAGCAGGUUCAGUAGUGCAACCGAGCAGAGCACAGCCUCCAGGCUCCUGAAGAGGCACCGCAGACGCAGGAAACAGCGCCCCCCUCGUCUGGAGAGGGCGUCAUCCUUUAGCAGCGUGACUGACUCCACGAUGUCCUUGAACAUCAUCACCGUCACCCUCAACAUGGAGAAGUACAACUUUCUGGGCAUCAGUAUUGUGGGCCAGAGCAACGAGAGGGGGGACGGAGGAAUCUACAUCGGCUCCAUCAUGAAGGGAGGAGCUGUAGCUGCAGAUGGGCGUAUAGAACCCGGAGACAUGCUACUGCAGGUCAAUGACAUCAACUUUGAGAACAUGAGCAACGACGACGCUGUCCGGGUGCUGAGGGAGAUCGUACACAAGCCAGGCCCAAUAAUUCUGACUGUGGCCAAGUGCUGGGAUCCUUCUCCUCAGGGCUACUUCACUCUCCCCCGCAAUGAACCGAUUCGACCUAUCGACCCGGCAGCCUGGGUCAGCCACUCUGUAGCCAUGACUGGCACCUACCCUCCCUUCCCCGGCAGCUCCUCCCUGAGCACCAUCACCUCCUCCUCUUCAGUAACAGAGACAGAACGUUUUGAUGAUUUCAACUUAUCUCUACACUCCGACAUGGCCUCGGUGGCCAAAGCCAUGGCUUCUCCAGAGUCCGGCCUGGAAGUCCGAGACCGCAUGUGGCUGAAGAUCACCAUCCCCAACGCCUUCCUUGGCUCAGAUGUAGUCGAGUGGCUGUUCCAUCACAUCGAGGGCUUCCAGGACCGCCGGGAAGCCAGGAAGUACGCCAGCAACCUGCUGAAAGCAGGCUUCAUUCGACACACAGUCAACAAGAUCACCUUCUCUGAACAGUGCUACUACGUCUUCGGAGACCUGAGCGACUGUGAGAAUUACAUGGCAAACCUGUCCCUGAAUGACAAUGACGGCUCCAGCGGAGCCUCAGACCAGGACACCCUGGCUCCGCUGCCCCUCCCUGGGGCUUCCCCGUGGCCCAUGAUGCACACCUUCCCAUACCAGCCGUACCCCACCCACCCGUACUCCAGCCAGCCGCCUCCAUACCACGAGCUCACCAGCUACAGCUACGCCCCUGGUAGCACGGGCAGUCAGCACAGUGAAGGAAGCCGAAGUAGUGGCUCAACGAGAAGCGAGGGGGAUCGACGCCGCAGCAGCAAAGGUCCUGGCAGCACCGUGGGUGGUGAAAAGUCCCCAUCUGGUGGCGCCGGUGAAGGUGGUGCGGAGUCGCGCUCCGGCAGCGGCAGUGAAUCGGAAUACUCCACCCGCAGCAGCUUGAGACGAGGUCAUGGCUCAGCAGCUCCCAGCGAACACAGCCACGCCUCCUCCCAGCGCUCGCAUCACCACAGGAUGCCGCAGCCGCCACACAUGUCUCCCUACCCCCCGGGAAUCCUUCCAUACAACCCCAUGAUGGUGAUGAUGGUCCCGCAGCACCCGCACCCUGCCAUGGCGGCGCACGCUCUGCCCCAUGCGCAGCAGCUGGCCACAGCCGCCAUGCACCCGGCUCUACCCCCGCCUCCCUCCUCCACGCCAGGAGGACCUCCCGGCGCACCCCCCACUCGUGACCUGGGCUCCGUGCCACCAGAGCUGACUGCAUCUCGCCAGUCCUUCCACCUGGCCAUGGGCAACCCCAGCGAGUUCUUUGUGGACGUCAUGUAGUCUCCCGAUGACUGCACCUCCGCUUGUGUUUGGACGCGGGUUUGGCUGUAGCUUUUUGUGCUCACUGGGUUUGGGGUUGAGGGCACUUGUUACAAAAUUGGUGACAACAGGGUGAAACAUUAACAAGAGUCAAAGUGGGUUGCAACAUUUUAAAAAUUAAAUAGAGAACCAGCCAAAUAAACAUGGCUGACACAUCGUGGAUUAACUUAUUUUAGGCUCUGGAUAUUUCUCAACGUUUUCUUUUUUAAAUAUAUAGCGAACCCUGAGUUCACCAUAACUGGGUUUAAUUUGAGCAAGAAUAAAGGGGAGCAGCUUCCUCAAAUCCAACUAGUGACCUUUUAAAGUAGUAAACUGCUGGAUUAAACACCGCAUGGUCCCAGGUGCACCCUGUGUGUGACGGUGACACCAUGUCUGCGUCAUCAUGCCGAAUGUUGAGUGCCUUACUUGCUUUUUUUUUGUUGGUUUGUUUUUUUGGUGACACUCCCGGUACAUAGAAACUUCGUUGUCUGACAAUGAAUCUCUGUCUAUUUUAUUUUACACCUUUGUAAAUUCAGUCAUGCUCAAAUGUGAAAGAUAAGGUCCAAAAAGGUCGACUGUGUAGAGGUCUGGUAAUGUUUCAGGAGGGUUGCCACGGUGACCAGAGAUCUUGUGGUACUAGCUUGUAUAAGUGGUACUUUGUGUCAGUGUUUCUCUCCAGUUACUGUGACCCUCCAGCUUUACAUGCUUUUUUUUUAUUUUCCUGACUUACAAUAUUCAUCCAUUUCUUUGUAUUUUAUGAGUGACUAUAUAAAUCAUGUGUAACCAAACUACUAAGGUGCUAAAUGAAGUCAUCGUUGGAAGAGGAUUGACAGCAACACGCUGUGGUAAUUACACCUUUGUUUGUGUACUUGAGAAUAAAUUUGAU